AUGACUUGGAAGGAGGAGAUGUUAUCUCAUAACCAUUUGACUCCAACCGAUGAUCAUGUUUGGGCCAAUCUGCUUCCUAGAAAACCAUUGAAACAAGCAGAUGAAGUUGCUUGGAUGAUGAUGUACAAACAUAUGAAAAAUCUAGUGUCUGGAAACUUCUUAAAGGAAGUUCCCAUGGGUGAUGUGAGAUUGGACCCUCGUUCGAUUCAUGGUCAAGCUCAACAAACCAAUUUGAAAUACUUGAUGAUGUUAGAAGUUGAUAGUUUGGUUUGGAGCUUUAGGAAGACAGCCAAUUUGCCAACUCUGGGUGUCCCCUACGGAGGAUGGGAGUCUUCGGAUCAAGAGCUUCGUGGUCAUUUUGUAGGUCAGUGUACUUCGAUCCUCGGUGUUAUUUGA